GGAACAUGUGGUUAGACAUGGCUGCGCCCUGCUGCUGGCAUUGAGGACCGUGACUGUUGAACACUGGAUGGACUAGUUUAGCGCUUAUUUGAAAGCUAUUUUGUGGGUCAACAUGACAGACAACGGGAUGUUUGUGAAAGACACAGGCCAAGGCCAGACAAUAUCCAGGGCUUUGAUUUUUGAAAUGCUGAAUAAAAAGUUUGAAAAACUCCCUGAUAUAGACAAAAAACUCUUUUCAUACGGCCCCAUAUAUUUGGCUGGCAACGCUGGGUUUGCUGGCUUGGUUGCCAACAGCUUUUUCAGACGUGUACUCAAUGUCACCCAAGGACGAUUUACUUCCAGCCUUCCCAUGGCUGUUCUUCCCUGUGUCGAAGCGUCAGCCAAUCGGCAUUGGUCAAAUCAAAUGAUGUUGUGCAUACACCAGUACGAAAAUCAGAACAUGAUCGGUGACCUGAACUGCCCAACCUGUACCCUGAUAAGAGGGGCUUUGGUUGGUGUAGUUGGUGGUGGCAUAUAUCCCAUUUUGUUGGCCUUACCGGUCAAUGCUGGUCUUGCAGCCAGGUAUAACAGUGCACCAAUGCCAGAAAAGGGGAACAUGAUACGCUUCUGGACAAAUGUCAGCAAACCCAUUGUACAGAAGAUGUAUGUUGUUUUGCUGCUGCAGGGUUUGUUUGGAACCUACUUGAGCUCUAAACAGUUUGAUAUCUACCUAAAAAUGCUGAAAAUAACCGAUUCUGACAGCGAACAGCUUCAUGGUUAGCAGUUGUUAUUUAUAUUGAUUUUGUAAAUAUUGUUAAAAUAAGUGAAACACGCUUGCUCAAUGCCAUAACUAAGUCUGGUCAGUUUUGUUUUUGAUGUCUGAUCAAUAAAUUCCAUUCACUAUACCUUUGCACUCUCUACCCAAAAGGGAGAAAUCUACCGACGUUUCCAAAAAUUAACCUAAAUCACAAAUUGAGGUACUUAAAAGAAUUCAAUGUCUUUUCUUAUACAUCAUAAGUCUCAGAAUAAUCUAAACUGCCUGGCCGUUAUUUUACUACAGAUACUACAAAACAUUAACUAGAGCUUUGCCUAAACAACCAUUUGGUUUGUGUGCAUGUAUGAAAGGAAAAUAAAGUGGAUAAAAAGUGGUGCAAACACAAAUAACUUUUGCUAAUGUGUAACUUAUAAAAUUAUCAAAUGGAGAACAUGUGAAGCAAUAACAAGUUCAGCUACUAAUAACAAAAACAAUGUACUGGGAAACAAGCUUAUGGACCUUAAUUACAAUGUGCAUUUACUGCCACAAAGAGAUCUUUUAAUGUGAAUUUCCAAUUCCCGACCACAACAAACAGUUCUGAAAUGUAAACAGAAUUAUCAGCAUUAGCCUUUAAAUAAAAAUCAUAAAAACUCCCAUUUAGUCAUAACAUUUCAGAAGAUCUAGGUUAAUAUGGUGAAUUUUUCAGUAACAUUUAAUUUUACAAUGUAGUUUUAUCAUCUUGUUGAAAUCAUCUGACAAGCUGUUAUCAAAAAGUGUUUCUAUAUCUGAUGCAACAGUGUUGUAACAGAUUCAUUAUGAUGUUCGUUCUAUGAAGUACCAUGAAUAAAAAUAAAUAAAAACAUCAACUGCAGUUAUACAUUUCAGAACUGCUUGGGUUGAUCUGCAG